AUGGGUGAUAAGUCCCCUGGAUUCCGGGGCUCCCGAAGCUGGAUCGGCUGUGUGGAGGUCAGCCUCUGCCUCUCCUAUUUCGGGGGACCAGAGGGGCGCCUGUGUCAUGUACCCCGCGGGAUGGGGCUUCAGGGUGAAUUGGAGAGGCUUUACUCCCACUUUUCAGGGGGUGGGGGUCCUGUAAUGGUGGGAGGAGACGUGGAUGCCGGAGCCAAGGCCUUGCUGGGAGUCUGUCUGGGGCCAGGCACGGAAGCCUACCUCCUGAUACUGGACCCUCACUGUUGGGAUGCUCCUGGAAACCCCAGAGAACUACAGGCUGCUGGGUGGGUAGGCUGGCAAGAAGUAACGAAGGCCUUUGACCCGAACUCUUUCUACAACUUGUGCUUGACCAGCUCUGUGUCUGGCCCCAAGGAGCUCUAA